GGGUAGCCUACAUCGGUAAGCCCCGGAGGAAGUCGGAGGGACGUUUCCUUUCCUGUAUUUGAAGAAAAGGGGAAUUUUAGCCUGAAAAUAAAUGACGCUGUUGUGAUUAUUUUAGUAGUCGUCUCUCCUUCGCCCGGUCGUGUCUGCGCGCGGGAGUAGAAUGUUGUGUUCCUCGGGACAUUGAUAGCGGGAAGGUCUCGCAUCGCAGGGCUGGGACGCUGAACCUGCUGCUGCCCCGUUCACUUUAAUGCCCCGAUAGUUUUAUCCCCGGAGUACCGAGCCGUGUCCCGAAGAGAGGCUAUCAUGUCGGGGAAGCAUUUUAAAGGCCACGAGGUCAGCUGCUGCAUCAAAUACUUCAUAUUCGGAUUCAACAUCAUCUUCUGGCUCCUGGGAAUGGCCUUCCUGGCCAUCGCACUCUGGGCAUGGAGCGAGAAGGGUGUCCUGUCCAACCUGUCGUCCAUCACGGAUCUGGGGGGGCUGGACCCCGUGUGGCUCUUCAUGGUGGUGGGGGCCGUUAUGUUCAUCCUCGGCUUCGCCGGCUGCAUCGGAGCCCUCCGAGAAAACACCUUCCUGCUCAAGUUUUUCUCUGUGUUUCUAGGGAUCAUUUUCUUCUUGGAGUUGACAGCGGGCGUGUUGGCCUUCGUGUUUAAGGACUGGAUCAAAGACCAGCUCAACUUCUUCAUCAACAACAACAUCAGAGCCUACCGCGACGACAUCGAUCUGCAGAACCUCAUCGACUUCACCCAGGAAUACUGGGAGUGCUGUGGUGCAUUUGACGCUGACGACUGGAACCUGAACAUCUACUUCAACUGCACCGACACCAACCCCAGCCGAGAGAAGUGCGGCGUUCCCUUCUCCUGCUGCACCAAGGACCCAGCGGAGGACGUCAUAAACACACAGUGUGGAUACGACGUGCGAGCCAAGACGGAUGCCGAGCAGAAGACCUAUAUCCACGUGAAGGGCUGCGUGCCCCAGUUUGAGAAGUGGCUUCAGGACAACCUGACCGUAGUGGCUGGAAUAUUCAUAGGCAUCGCACUGCUACAGAUAUUUGGGAUCUGUUUGGCCCAGAACCUGGUCAGUGAUAUCGAGGCUGUCAGAGCCAGCUGGGUGCCCCCGUCUCUGUCCAUCCACGCCCUCGCUCAUGCCCACGCUCACCGGCCCCCUCCCCGCGGCAACAAGAAACACGCCGCCUACUCAUGAGCGACGUUCACACACGCGUGCACACACACUCGCCCUCGUGUGUGUGUGUGUGUGUGUGUGUCUCCACCUGUUUGUUCAGCUGAGGUUUUCUCCAGGCUUCCCCCUGGAGUGUGCAGGUGGCGGUGUGCACCCCUGAGCCAGCUGUGAACUGUGAUGCGAAUGCCAAGUUGAGUUUGCGGAGAGUUCUUAACCUUGGCUGCCAGACUCACUCCACUUUCUUACUGAUUUGUGUAUAGACACACACACACACACACACACACACACGGUCUGUAUAUAGAAUUGUUCACAAGACCAUUUGUGUAAAGAAAUGUAUAAAAAGGAACAAAAAUAUUGGGCACGUACAGUAUGUGUGUGUAUGUUGAGUGUAAGAGAAGUGUGUCUGUUUUGUGUAAGUGGGUAUUAUGAGAUGAGUGUGAGGAAAAGAAAUGUGUGUGUGUGUGUGUGUGUGUGUGUGUGAUUUGGGGGCGGCAGUUGAACUGCACUGCAAGCCAGUCUAAAUGUUUAAGUGUGUGUGUGUGUGUGUGUGUGAGAGAGAGAGAUUGGU